AUUCAGCUGCGCAUUGUAUAAACGCGUCCGUUCUACAAGAACUUUUACUUUAUAGUGAAAUAUACGAUCGAUAUGGUGAAGAUGGACUCUCUGGUGGCGGAGGUAAUGCUAUGUCUCCAGAAGAUUUGUUUGCAAGCUUAUUUAGUUUUGGUGGUGGUGGACAUUCAAGGCAAAGGCGGGGCAAAGAUAUUAUUAAACCAUUCAGUGUCACUCUUGAAGAUCUUUAUAAUGGCAAAACGGCCAGGAUUUCGCUGCAGAGAGAUGUCGGCAGUAAAUCUGGUGCAACUAAAAAAUGUCAUAGUUGUGAGGGUCGUGGUGUUAAAGUAGCUAUGCGACAAAUUGGACCUGGCAUGAUUCAGAGGAUAAACACAGUUUGUGCAAAUUGCGGGAUAAUUAGAGAGAAAGAUAAAUGUAAAAAAUGUAAGGGCCUUAAGGUUGUGGAAGAAAAAAAGAAAUUAGAUAUCUAUAUCGAAAAAGGAAUGCAAAACAAUCAAAGAAUUGUUAUGCAAGGUGAGGCAGAUCAGGAGCCUGGAGUUGAAACAGGAGAUGUAAUUCUUGUUCUCGAGCAAAAACCUCAUGAUAAAUUUGAGCGCCAGGGAGAUGAUUUACUUACAGAAGUUAAUAUCUCUAUUACGGAAGCACUUUGUGGAUUCUCAAAAGUUCUUGUUACACAUUUGGACGGACGCGGAUUGAUUAUAAAUCAUCCUCCGGGAGAAGUAAUAAAGCCAGGUGCCAUCAAAUGCAUAGCUAAUGAGGGUAUGCCUCAUUAUAAGAGACCAUUUGAUAAGGGCAAUUUAUAUGUGAAAUUCAAUGUAGAAUUUCCACCUUCUUUAUGGAUUGAUUCAGAACAAUUAAAGAAACUGGAAGAAUUUUUGCCAACUCGCACAGAAGAAGAUCCGUCAACGCGCCCAGAGAUUUCCGAUGAAGUGCACUUAACGGAUGGAGACUUCACUGAGGUUAAACUCGGAAAGCCAAUUACAAAACCUGCUAUUGUACCUGCUGAUAAACCAGCUUCAGCUUCAACUACUGGUGCAACAAAACUUAGGAUUCGUCUUGGAAAGGUAUCCCCGAUUGACGUUGUUGCUCCCGCUGCUUCUCCUGUAGCAUCAACCUCGUCAGUACAAUCACAACUCGUUGUUAAUAAUCCGUCCAACGUUGGUGUUGCCGAUCCGCCUGAAGUCAUUAAUUGCAUUUGUCCAUAUCCAUUUUCAGAAAUUGACGAUGGAAACUUUAUGCUUUCGUGCGACGGUUGUCAAGUUUGGUUUCACGGAAUAUGCACUGGUUUCGGUCCUAGCUAUGUUGAAGUUGAUACCUGGUACUGUGAACGAUGUCGUGCUCGUG